UGAACGUCAAAUUCUGUGACUGUUUCUGAAUUUUUAUUAGUAAUAAAUUUCACGCACUUGUUUUUUCUAGAAAAGAACGAUAUAUAUUUUUUGGUAUUUAUUUAAGCUCUUACUAUAUUUUUUCUCUGGGUUGUUGGAUUUUCUCUUCUGUGUGUUGUAUCGAAAUAAAUAUCAAUUGUAUUCAAUCUUUGGGAUGUUGUAGACAUCAAUAGCGCUAUUAAAAGAGGUUUGAGAGGAAGGAGCACAUUUUACAUGGGUAGCCUUACCAAUGUUGAGAGAUAUAUGUCUCUUUUUUCCACAAGAUGCCAUGGCUUAGGCGGAGAGUCCUGGAGUAUUUAAUGCUUAUUUUGAAGUACGAAGACCCAAUUAGGGUCCGCGAUCUACUAGGAAUCUCUUAGCAACAUCCAACAUCCAACAUCGCACGCAGUGUACCAUCUACUCCACCCCUUCCCCCCACAUGACUUAAGGGGUAUGUCAACAUUUACUCGUCCAUAUUGAAUCGGUGCCAAGGAGAAUCACACCCGGUCUCCCGCACAAAGUGCGAGAGUUAUAACCGCUAAGCCACGGCACCACCACAUCGAUUAUUUUCACAAUAUCGAUUCCAGACAGAGAAAACAACGAUGAGAAUUCUUUGGAUUUAGAAAAAUGGACAUACAUCCAAAGAUGGUGAGUGUAUCGUAAGUUAAUCAGAUUACGAAGGUGACAGUGGAAAUAUAUUUAGCAGUUUGGAAAAUGAUAUGGAAGAUAGAAAGCUAAUGUAAAUACAAAUUGGUUCCAAUAAAAAAAACAUCACACACAGUGGAAUAGUUCGUUAUGUUCGUCAUUUUUUUUUAUUCUUACUUUAUAUUUAAAAAUUGCGAGCUACAAAUUUAAUGCGCGAAAAUAUUUAAAAGAUUAAUGAAUUUAAAAUCUGAUUUAAAUCGUCCGAUAGUAUAGCGACGAAAUGUUUGGAAAAAAAAUAUUUAUCAGGGGUAAUUAUUUUUUCAAAAAAAUGUUUUGCCACCAUUGUUGCUAAUAGUGGCAAUUCAGUGACAAUUUCACACCUCCAAUAUAUAUGUUGACAUCAGUAAUCUGCUAAAAACUGCUUAGAUGAAUUGGUUGAAAUAGACGGAAAAAAGGGAAAACUAAAGACAAUUCGCAGUUCGUUCUUCUUUAGGUCGUUGAACCUAUUGAAUACCCUCCCUUCAGCACACGCACAAUAGAUAAAUUCUAUAUUUAUUCUAAGAUUCAUUCCUGCAACACUAGCAGUAAAGAUUUAUAAAGAAAAUCGGAACAAUGACAUAAUCCGGGACGAAAAAAGUGAAAGACAAAAGCUGUUUUCGUAUGUCUUCCCUAAGAUGUAUUCCAAAGUUGUAGGUGUUAUGCCGUUAGAACUGGCAUGCAUCAAAAGCUAGAUUUUUACCGAUUUGCCAGAUUUGAGAUAAAAAAUAGUUUUAAAGUGGUAAUAAUAAUAACAAUAUAUUCAGAAGCAUAUUAAAACUAAUAGAAACAAACAUAUAAAAACAAAUAUUCAAACAAAAUUAACGAUGAUAAUACAGACAUUCACGAGGCGAAACAUCUUUGCGGUGUCCUUGUACUUAAUUAAUUUAGCGAGGUCAUAUUUAGGGGAAAUACCAUUUGCCACUUAAACUGCUAAUUGUGACACUGUAUUUAUCUGAAAUAUGUGAACAAAGAUCUUGGUGGUAAGAAUAAGCAAUAUAACUCUCAGCGGCAUGUUCUUUACCGUUGAAGAUGUUGGAUUGUAAUGUCAAAAAGGUGUGGGACAAUAUACUGUUAACUGAAAAUAUCAACAUUUUGGUGCUUAUUUUAUCAGGCGGUAAAAGCUCGUAUAAAAAGCUUGACUUAUAUAUGUUUUUUAAAUUGUUCAAUUGGUAGCUUUUUUGUUUCUCUUCAGAAGACAACGAUAAUCACUUUCGGACAGCUAAACUGAUUUGCCGCUGAAAAGGUAGAUGUUGAAAGACAUGAUGCUUCCAAUACACCUUGUUACGCUGGCUUGUCUGGCUUGCUGUGUUCACUCCAGAGCUAAUGUCAAUUACUAUUAUCUGAAUUCAGCACCGAAAAAUACGACAGUGUGUCAAGAUGACAAAGAAAGGUGUGGUUUUUACUGGUCACGUGGUUGGUACACAUGUGGUGUUGGAGCAGUACUGUAUGAUUACUGCAAGAAGUCAUGUGGAUACUGUGAAAAAGAUCCAAUUCCAACAGUUCGUCCAGGCGAGUUAUGCAAAGAUUUUGAACCACAGUGUCCUAAAUGGGCGAAGUAUAAGGAAUGUAUUUAUGCAAGGAAAUUCACUCAAAAGUACUGCCCAAAGAGUUGUGGACUUUGCCCAAAAGACCGAAAGAAGGUCAAGAAACCAAUUUUCAGAUGCAUUGAUAAAAGUCCAUUGUGCGCGUUGAAAGCGAGGUACAAAUCAUGUUUGCUUCAAAGACCCUACAUGAGCGCCAACUGCAGAAAAAGCUGCAAAAUGUGUUCACAAGAUGGCUCGUGUUUUGAUACGGACAGUUUGUGCAAUUGGUGGAAGAAAAAGAAUUAUUGCAAGAUGGAAAAAUACCGAGAAUACAUGAGAAAGAAAUGCCAAUUCAGUUGUGCAUUUUGUAAUGCUUAAAUUGAUGUGUAAUUAAAACACUUGUAUAUAGUUUGGAUUUAACUCACGUAGUAAAGGAUGAUACGUUUCAGAACAAUCAAAACAGUUUUGUUAGAAAUUCUUUUAAACCAUAUUUUGACUGUAGAUUUGUAACAAUUGUCUUGAAAUGUGUAUUAAAUUUUUUUACUGUCGUAGACUUUCUAAACAAUCAAAUGUAGAUUGUAAUAUUUCGAUACGAAUUUUGCAAUCUAUUAUUUUUUAACGAUACGGUGUUGUACAGUUAUCAUGUAAAAUAACUUUUUAUGUGCUAGCCAGGAUUUUCUU